GGCCGGUCCUUAGGUCCCGCCUGGGCGGGGCAAGAUGUCGGCCCAGGGCGACUGCGAGUUCCUGGUGCAGCGGGCCCGGGAGCUGGUGCCGCAGGACCUGUGGGCCGCCAAGGCCUGGCUCAUUACCGCCCGCAGCCUCUACCCCGCCGACUUCAACAUCCAGUAUGAAAUGUACACCAUCGAGCGGAAUGCAGAGCGGACAUCGUCGGCUGGGAGGCUUCUGUACGACAUGUUUGUAAAUUUCCCAGAUCAGCCAGUUGUAUGGAGAGAAAUCAGUGUUAUCACAUCAGCAUUAAGGAAUGAUUCUCAGGAUAAACAGACUCAGUUUUUAAGAGGUUUAUUUGAAACCCUCCCUGGUCGGGUCCAAUGUGAGAUGCUAUUAAAGGCCACAGAACAAUGCUUUAAUACUCUGGAACGAGCAGAAAUGUUGCUGUUGCUCUUGAGGCGUUUCCCUGAAACGGUAGUGCAACACGGGGUAGGCCUUGGGGAGACUUUGCUAGAAGCUGAAAAUAUUGAAGACCAAGAGUCCCCUGUCAACUGCUUCAGGAAAUUGUUUGUCUGUGAUGUUCUCCCUCUAAUAAUUAAUAACCCUGAUGUUCGAUUGCCUGCCAGUUUGUUAUACAAGUACUUGAACAAAGCUGCUGAGUUUUAUAUUAAUUAUGUUACAAGAUCUGCCCAAACAGAAACCCAACAUCAAGGUGCGCAAGAUACUUCUGAUCUUAUGUCCCCUAACAAACGCAGUUCACAGAAAUACGUAAUAGAAGGACUGACUGAAAAAUCAUCCCAGAUUGUGGACCCAUGGGAGAGGUUGUUCAAGAUUUUGUCUGUCGUAGGAAUGAGAUGUGAAUGGCAAAUGGAUAAAGGAAGACGGAGCUUUGGUGAUAUUUUGCACAGAAUGAAAGAUCUCUGCAGAUACAUCAGUAACUUUGACAAUGAAGCUCAUGCUAAGUAUAAAAGCCAAGUUGUCUAUUCCACAAUGCUGGUCUUCUUUAAAAAUGCAUUCCAAUAUGUCAACAGUAUCCAGCCAUCUCUCUUCCAAGGUCCAAAUGCCCCAAGCCAAGUCCCACUGAUUCUCCUUGAAGACGUGGUAAAUGUAUAUGGAGAUGUAGAAAUUGAUCGUAACAAGCACAUCCAUAAAAAGAGGAAGCUUGCUGAGGGGAGAGAAAAAACUAUGAGUUCAGAUGAUGAAGAAUGUUCAGGGAAAGGAAGAAAUCGGCACAUUGUAGUUAAUAAAGCGGAACUUGUCAACUCCAUUGAGGUACUGGAGAGCUUUAAAUUGGCACGAGAGAGCUGGGAGCUGCUCUAUUCUCUAGAUUCCCUUGAUAAGGAAUUUACACGUAUUUGUUUGUCUUGGAAAACAGAUACUUGGCUUUGGUUGCGAAUUUUCCUCACAGAUAUGAUCAUCUAUCAGGGACAAUAUAAAAAGGCAGUAGCCAGUCUGCACCACUUAGCAGCUCUUCAGGGAUCUCAUUCUCAGCAGCCGAUUCCAGGUCAGGGGACCCUAGAGCAUCAGCGAGCACUCAUCCAGUUAGCAACCUGCCACUUUGCCCUCGGCGAGUACCGAAUGACAUGUGAGAAAGUCCUCGAUCUGAUGUGCUACAUGGUGCUUCCCAUACCAGAUGGAGGCAAACCCCAAGAGGAGCCAUCCAAAGUGAAGCCCAAAUUUAGAAAAGGCUCAGAACUGAAACUACUGCCUUGUACCAAUAAAGCUAUUAUGCCUUAUUGUCUCCAUUUAAUGUUGGCAUGUUUUAAGCUAAGAGCAUUCACAGACAACAGGGAUGAUAUGGCUUUGGGCCAUGUAAUUGUGUUGCUCCAGCAAGAAUGGCCUCGGGGAGAAAACUUAUUCUUGAAAGCUGUCAACAAGAUCUGUCAACAAGGAAAUUUCCAAUAUGAAAAUUUUUUCAACUAUGUCACAAAUAUUGAUAUGCUGGAGGAAUUUGCCUAUUUAAGAACCCAGGAAGGAGGAAAAAUCCAUCUGGAAUUACUGCCCAAUCAAGGAAUGUUGAUCAAGCCUUCUAGCCCUCCCCUGGGGUUACUGCAGCAGGAAUUCAUACCUGUACCACAGCCCAGCAUACAGACUGCUGACAGGGAGGGGGAAACCAUCAAAUACAGCAAGAUUGAACCUCAAACCGUGCCAAGCUGUAACCAAAAAGAAGCAAACUUGAAAAGGACUUCUGACUCCUUUAGUGGGGAAAAAAGCAGUAGACAACAAAAGAAGCAUUUAAAGAUGCCCCAGUUAGCUUCCAUAUUCUCUUCCUGUGGAAGGCACCACACCGUGACCCGGGGCAUCACCAAAGGGGUGAAGGAAGAUUUCCGCCUGGCUAUGGAGCGCCAGGUCUCCCGCUGCGGGGAGAACCUGAUGGUCGUCUUGCACCGGUUCUGCAUCAACGAGAAGAUCCUCCUCCUGCAGACGCUGGUCUGAAGGAAGGGAACCGGGCCGCGAUCCAGCAGGCCCCUACUGGGGCUCGGGGCCAUCAUCAGAAGCAGGAAGCUCAGAGCAGUGAGAAUGGUAAUGGCAAUGGUGUCACCGCCCCAAGAUGCAGCUCUCCGGAGGAGAAAGCCACUGGAGCUCACGAGAGGUAUAUAGGCAUAAUUGUGGAAUGCGCUUCAAAGGUUUGAGAGACAUUCCUGGUUUUAGCAGUGGCCAUCAGAUUUGUAACUUUUUUGUGGUAAACUGAAAGGAUUCAAAAGUUUUGUAAAUAAAAUCCAGAUCCACAAAA